UUUUGGCGGGUCUGGCUGUAGGUCUGGAAGCGGUGCCGAGCAGGCCGAGAUUCGACAUUCCUGCCAUCUCCUGGGCACUGGAUUCUCCUUUGAAGUUCUCUAUCACAGCUGUUCUCUUGACAGCAUGGAUGGGGAGGAAGAUGAUUUGUCUCUGCUGACUGCAUUGCUGGAGGAGAAUGAGUCAGCCCUGGACUGUAAUUCAGAAGAGAGUCACCGCUUGACCCAGGAAGAUCGUGAACCUGAUGCAUUUGAUGAGCUCUUUGAUGCAGAUGAUGAUGGUGAAUCUUACUCAGAGGAGCCUGCUGAUGGAGAAGUGGGAGAGAUUGAGGACCGAAAGGAAAAUCUGGCCACUCUCUUUGGAGAUAUGGGGGACUUAACAGAUGAAGAAGAAGUUCCCACACCACAGUCAACUAAAAACAGUGUCCCCACUGCUCCUGCUCCCAGUCAAGGGAAAAGUAAUCAAGAGUUGCAAGAUGAAUUAAAGAAGUUGCAAGAGCAGAUGAAAUCCUUACAAGAACAGCUAAAAAUAGCAACAAUUACACAGCCUGCAAGUCCAGCCCUUCUGCAUAAAUCUCCUGCUAAGUCCCCACGUCCCCCUCUGAAGGAGAAGAAAGUUCAAAGAACUCAGGAGUCAACGUGCUUCGCUGCAGAGCUUGAUGUCCCUGCUCUACCGAAAACCAAGCGGGUGGCUCGGACUCCGAAGGUUUCACCUGCAGAGCCCAAAAGUUCGUCUUCAGGGACGACAAGUACACUUUCCCAACCACUCCGAACUACUCCUGGAAACAAACCUAGUGGGUUGACCAGAGAUCACAGCGCAGGGACCCCCAGGAGUUCUGGAGAACCGCAGACCGUGAUCUCUGUGGAAGCCUUCUCGGGCCUGAGACUCAGGUGGCCUCGAGUGUCCUCCACAGAGAUGAACAAGAAAAUGAUUGGCCGAAAACUGAUCAGACUUUCUCAGCUCAAGGAAAAGAUGGCAAGUGAGAAGCUGGAAGAAAUAGACUGGGUGACUUUUGGGGUUAUAUUGAAGAAAAUCACUCCACAGAGUUGUAAUAGUGGGAAAACAUUUAGUAUCUGGCGACUGAAUGAUCUCCGUGACCUGACGCGGUACGUGUCGUUGUUCUUGUUUGGAGAAGUUCACAAACAACUCUGGAAGACUGAACAGGGUACUGUCAUAGGGUUGCUCAACGCGAACCCCAUGAAGCCCAGGGAUGGUUCUGAGGAGGUGUGUUUGUCUGUUGAUCAUCCUCAGAAGAUCUUAAUCAUGGGUGAAGCUCUUGACCUGGGAACCUGUAAAGCAAAGAAGAAGAAUGGACAGCCGUGUACACAGACUGUUAAUUUGAACGACUGUGAGUACUGUCAGUACCACAUCCAGACCCAGUACAAGAAGCUCAGCGCCAGGCGAGCUGACCUGCAGUCAACCUUCUCCGGAGGACGAAUUCCAAAGAAGUUUGCCCGCAAAGGCACCGGCCUGAGAGAACGGCUGUGUCAGGAUGGUUUUUACUACGGAGGAGUUUCUUCUGCAUCGUACGCAGCCUCCAUUGCAGCUGCUGUUGCUCCUAAAAAGAAGAUUCAAACCACUCUGACUAAUAUGGUCGUCAAGGGGACAGACUUGAUCAUUCAGGAAGCCCAACAAAAGCUUGGAAUACAUCAGAAAAGCUUGUCUUGCUCUGAGGAAUUCAGGGAACUGAUGGACUUGCCUACAUUUGGAGCCAGAAACUUGAAACAACAUUUAGCCAAAGCCAGGUCAUCAGGGCUGACGGGGAGCCUGAAACCCGCUUUCCAGUCUGUCUCGGCAUCAGCCCUCUUGAAGCAGCAGAAACAGCACAUGCUGGAGAUGAGGAAAAAGAGAUCAGAAGAAAUACAGAAACGAUUUCUCCAAAGCUCAAGUGGGGUCGAAAGCCUGGCUGUGCCACCCUCUUCUCAACGGGCCCCUUCUUGGUCUCCACAAAUGGGGGCUGAGUUCCCCAGGCUGGAAGGAACACCAGCCACACCGAUGCCCAAGCUUGGGCGAGGCAUAUCAGAAGGAGAUGAUGUUCUAUUUUUUGAUGAGUCCCCUCCACCAAGACCAAAACUGAGUGCUUUAGCAGAAGCCAAAAAGUUAGCUGCUAUAACCAAAUUAAGGGCAAAAGGUCAGCUUCUUACAAAAACAGAUCCAAACGGCAUUAAAAAGAAGCAGAAGGACCCCCAGGAUGUCCUGGAAGUGAAGGAACGUGUAGAAAAGAACAACACAUUUUCUCCUCAAGCUGAAGAUGAGUUGGAGCCUGCCAGGAAAAAAAGAAGAGAACAACUUGCCUACCUGGAAUCUGAUGAAUUUCAGAAAAUUCUAAAAGCAAAGUCGAAGCACACAGGGGUUCUAAGAGAGGCAGAGGCUGAGCUGCAGGAACGCUAUUUUGAGCCACUGGUGAAAAAAGAACAAAUGGAAGAAAAGAUGAGAAGCAUCAGAGAAGUGAAAUGUCGAGUAGUAACAUGCAAGACGUGUGCCUACACACACUUCAAGCCUUUGGAGACCUGCGUCAGUGAGCAGCACGACUAUCACUGGCAUGACGGCCUAAAGAGGUUUUUCAAGUGUCCCUGUGGAAACAGAAGCAUCUCCCUUGACCGGCUCCCCAAAAAGCACUGCAGUAAUUGUGGCCUCUUCAAAUGGGAACGAGAUGGAAUGCUAAAGGAAAAAACAGGCCCAAAGAUAGGAGGCGAAACCCUGUUACCAAGAGGAGAAGAACAUGCCAAAUUUCUGAAUAGCCUUAAAUAGCCCUAACUUCAAACAGCAAUCGGAUUUACGUGUCAUAGAGUGACAUCUUACUGGAGCCGACCCCGGCGGCCGCACACAUUGCCCCCGAGAUGAACUUCUGAAGGUCAAAUCUGGAGAGGCAGCGUGGACUCCUGCGGGGCCCGGGGACACCCCCUGCGCGCCGGUAGGAGGGAAAGCCGAAGGGCGUCUGCAGCUCCGGCCUCCACCUGCGGAGGCCGCGUGUCUCGCCAGAGGGCCCUGCUGCCUGCCUGCCCGGCCGGCCCGUCUCGGCUGCUCCGGAAAGCUUUGCGCUUCCGUUUACCGUGCGACCGUGCUUCGCAUUUCUCGGGCUCUGGGCGGCUGGGUCACGAGCGGCCAAGUGCAGAAAAUGCCAAAGUAGUUGAAAGCAGGCCCUUCAGUAACGACUUCCAUCCUCCCUCCCGCAAAGCAGGGAAACAAGAGGCCCCGGGAGGGCCCAGAAUGCCGGAGCGGCGCCACAUCAGCCACAGAGGUCGGCACUGUCACGCUCCCGCCGAGCGAGCAGGUCCCCGCCGGGAGCUCCCAGCUCCCCUAUCAUCUCGCCCUUCCCCGCCCCUCCCCGGCGCCCCGAAGAGCUGUGACCACUCUUGCAGCCCGAGCCCCACGCAGCCCAAAGGAUACGUAGGCCCUGGCGGAGGUUCGGCCGAGGUGUCCCAGCACGGUGCGCAAGCGUAAGGCUGCGCGGGUCUGUUCCAUGGCUCCGGCGAGCGGACUAGUGAGCCGGGCCUCGGUCCCGUCCCAAGGAGGCGGGCCUGUCGACCACCGGAUACGACUCCCGAGAAGCGCCUCCUCCCCUGCACCGCCUCCGCGGAGAAGCACCUAACCGCCCGGCUCCACGCACUGGGCUACCGUAGGGUGCGGACUCGCUGCCCGGACACCCUGCCUCUAAGCGAUUACAAAGAGCAUCCCUGCCUCACACAGCCGGAAAGCUAGUUUUGAAGAACUCAGAGGGUUAAGGUCACCCAAUGAGAAAUCAGCCAGAAUAUGACCCACAUUCCCAACUGCAGAGUUUUUAUCUCAUUCCACGUGACCAUGCCUUUCACUAUGCUGCUGGAGUAAUUCAAAUGUUCAGCCCUAGAAGUAACAUGUGCUGUUCAAAAGAGGUGUUUAAUUUAUUGGGAAUCCCAUCUGAAAUACUAGAAACAUAUUGGCUGUUCGUUAAAAACAAACAAAAGUAAAUGAAAUAAAUGUCUCCAUGAAAUGUU